AUGGCGGCUUCACGUGCCUUGGCUGCACUGCUUGCCGUGGCAAUACUGGUGCUGAUUUCAUCUUCAGUUCCUCGCGUUAUGGCGGGCGACCCCAGCCCUCUCCAGGACUUCUGUGUUGCUGAUAUGAUGACCCCUGUGUUCGUGAACGGGUUCGUUUGCAAGAACCCAAAGCUGGUGAUGGCGAACGACUUCUUCCGUGCCGGCCUCAAUAAGCCAGGCAUGCUGAACGCGCAGGGCUCCGCCGUCACGUUGGUGUCUGUGCUGCAGCUCCCCGGCCUCAACACGCUCGGCAUCUCCCUGGCGCGCAUCGACUUCGGCCCCAACGGGCAGAACCCGCCGCACACGCACCCGCGCGCCACCGAGAUUCUGACCGUGAUCAAGGGCCAGCUCCUCGUCGGCUUCGUCACCUCCAACCAGCAAGACGGCAGGAACCUGCUCUUCACCAAGCAGCUGGUGGAGGGCGACGUGUUCGUCUUCCCACAGGGGCUCAUCCACUUCCAGGCCAACAACGGGCCCAACCCCGCCCUCGCCAUCGCCGCACUCAGCAGCCAGAACCCAGGCACAAUCACCAUUGCCAACGCCGUGUUUGGGUCGACGCCACCCAUCAGCGACCUCAUCCUCGCCAAGGCGUUCAUGACCGAGAAGGACACUGUCGACUGGAUCCAGUCCCAGUUCGCGCCGGCCAUGAGCAGCAACAGCAGCAUGGGCGGCGGCGGCAACUAUACCGGCGGUGGCGGCGGCGGCGGCUACUACCCUGGCAUGCGCAAGAAGCCCUAA